CUUGUCCUUUUUUUCACACCAACAGAACACCAACAACAAUCAACAAAUAAACAAACAGCAAGCGGAUAACAAAAACGAUGUCUUCAGCCCUCGAUCAAUCUCUCGAUGAAAUCAUUGCUUCUAAGCCAAAGAACUCCGGCGCAAGAAAGCCUCGUGCUCCUAAGGCCAAAGUGACCAAGGCGGUUCAACAACCAAAGAAGGCAACUUCAAAGGCUGCCAAAGCUGCUAAGGGAGCCACACCAGUUGCUCCAGACGUUUUGUUUGCGUCUUAUGCUACAAAGGUUGUUGUGUAUGGUCUUCCAAAGGAUAUCAAGCAAGACGCUAUCAAGGAUUUCUUUUCUUCUGAAAUUGGUGGUGUUCAAUCUGUUGUGUUGUCAUAUAACGAGAAGGGUCAUUCCAAAGGUAUUGCUACCGUCAAUUUCAAGUCUUCUGUCAAUGCCAACAAGGCUGUUGAGAAGUACAACGGUGCACCAAUCGAUGGUAAGAACAAGUUGAAAUUGGAGUUGAUCAUUGAUCCAACUAAGAAGCCAUUGGCCUCGAGAAUUGUUGCCAAUGUGACUGCAGUUUCUGACAAGAAGAAGAAGCAGAGUAAGGAGACUCCAAAGAAGGCCACUUCCAACACCACAGAUGCUCCAAAAAAGAAGGCUAAGAAGGCAAGAGCAAAGAAACCUGCUAAGAAGACUGUGGAACAGCUUGACCAAGAGAUGUCUGAUUACUUCGAGAAGAAGGAUUAAGUUCAUCGACGUUCAGGGUUAUUAUUGUGUAUUUUAUAUUUCGUUUUAAAUCUAUUGCUUCAAAAGUGUUUUUUCUCUCAAUCUCAUGUUGUAUUUCCAUCGCAGUAUUUACAUGGUUCAGCAUAUAUGUACAUAUAAUGUGUAGUAGAUGUCAUCACAGCCUAUUUGUCCUUAUCACUACUCUUGAACCAAUUCAUGUC